ACAAAUAUUUUCAAACACAAUAUUCGAUCACGAGAUUGACACAUCUGUAUCGUUAAUCAGUUUUUUUUUAUCAGUCCGCGCACAUCUGACGAUCAUUUCCUGCGACACCAGGUGGACAUGCGGGAGAAGACCGCUGCGCAGUUCACUGCAAGGGACGGGAUGCCGGACACUCAUAUGAUCUUUUGGGGAGGGAGAAAAGGGAAGUGUGAAGCCCACGGCCUGCUCCCCGACGCCGGCCUGGUUGUCCCUGGCGGCUUCUCGGCCGCCGCUGGUCGGAAAGGCGGCCGGCGCGGCAGCAGGCGGCCGUGCUUGGUCAACGGUGACGUCAGCCAUCGGGAUGAAGGCCGGCCGAGGAAAGCAGCUCCCUCAAAAGAAGCCAAGCUCACCCCGGCGGUCACCGAUGGCCCGGCUGCCGACGCCGUGGCCGGCGGCGGCGCUGCUCAUCCGGGUGGCGUCUCGGUCAGUUCGGACACAAAGCCGGACGCCGGCGCCCUGUCCUGUAGUCAUGGCGACAAGCUGCCAGAUCCAAACACACGGACAGCGAGGAAGAACCAGUGGUGGAGGAAAAAAUCCAGAGCCAAAAGGAGGGCCGCCGCCGCUUAUGUAGACGCCUGUAAACCAGCGAAAGAGGUGGAGGAGGAGGACUGGGAAAAGGAGAUCGAAGAGCUCACGAUCACUGACUGGGAAGCGAUGCGUAUCGGGCUCAACUCCUCCGGUCCAGGUGGGCUGAACGAUUCGCCGCCUCAUCAGCAGGACGCUGGCUUCCUGCCGGCGUCGGCUCUUUACAAGCCAGACGCUCACCACCCCCGCAGCAUCCUGUGGUUCCACUGCAGCCAGGCCGCUGUCCGCGGCCAGUUUGACGAUGCUCCGUAAGCCAGUCGUAUAACUAAGAAGCGAUCAUUAAUUUUGUACCUGUAUUACCGAAUGAGAACAUCAGUUUACUUAGCAUUAGAUUUAUUCCAAAUCAAUAUUUAGAAAAGUUAAGCUAUCCUAAUGAACAGAUUUUUUUUUCUAGAUUGUAAGAUAGCAGUUUUUUUUUUUAAGUUUUGAUUUUAUUUGCUACUUUUAAUUUAGAUUUUUAAAGAAGCAAAAGUAUGCGUUAACUUGUGGUCUUAAGGAAUGGUUUUAGUUGCACCUCUGCCAUCAGUGCUGUUGCUCAAUAGAUUUGCACAUUUCUUCUCUUAUUUCCAUUUUUCUUCUGAAACACUCGUAUUAGGGUUCAUGUCUUCAAAAAGGUCUGUUUUUCAUCAGCUGGACUUAGUUAUCAAUUUUAUUCUAUAAGCUCCAAACAUUCACAACAAUUCCAUGAAGCGGCUCCUCCUGUUUGUGACUUCUGGCUUGGAUAGGCUUUAUUCAUGUGACAAACAUUCACAUUGUAAUCUGCCUAAUCCUCAAAUCAUUUCCUUUUUUCAAGUCCGCAUUAAAUCAGAUUUUCUACCUGA